GUCUUACUUCAAAUCAGCUCUCUUUCUGUGAAUCACAGUGUUCAGGAAUAGCAAGCAUUCUUUCUACUUCGUUUUUCAUAGUCCACAUCAUCCAUGCCUGAAGUGACCCAUUAGAAAAGAUACAUAUACAGAAUGCAUUGUUGUCUUACUCCAGAGCCUGCCAGUCACACGUGCUUUAUUAUACUAGUUUAUGGAUAAUGGGUCUCCUGGUGGCAAUAUUCGAAUAGCCAGUUCAGCCUGCUGUCUGUCGACAGAGAGAGAGGGUGCUAUUUUGUUAGCUUUGUGGUUAAUAUAGAGAUAGUCUAUUGGUGUGUAUCCGGUAUAUAACAAUUGAACUGUGAUAAUGUUUUUCUGACGUUUGGAGUUUAUGCUGGCAAAAAAAUGAACAAACUAACAAAAAGUAGAUCUUUGUCCCUGGGCUUUGGCACGCUAUCUAUGCGCACCAUUUGAGGAUCUGGACCAAAAAGAAACCAGAUCUCUUCCCGUGAUUCACAGUGUUCAGGAAUAGCAAGCAUUCUUCGUUUUUCAUCAUUCACUUCAGAGCAUCAGCAGGCCCCCGAAGCAAAGUGAGCAGCUCCCACGCAUCAAUUGGUCCAUUAGAAAAGAUGAUACUUAUAUAGAAUUUAUUGUUGUCUCACUCCAGAGCCUACCAGUCACACACGCUUUCUUAUACCAGUAUAUGGAUAAUGGGUCUCCUGGUGGCACUAUUCAAAAGACAGGGCAUUAUUUAAUUAACUUAGGUAGUUAAUCGGAGAUAAUCUAUUGCCGUUUAUCUGGGACAUUACAAUUGAACUCUGAUAAUGUCUUUCUGAUGUUUAGACUUUGGUCUGGCAAAAAAUAACCCUAGCAGACCUUUGUCUCUGGUCUUUUAGGCAUGUUAGCGAAAACGACAUAUAGACUUAGUUUAGGUUUUCAAAAAAGGUAAUGUUAUUUAAAUAUAACAGAAACUUAAUGGGGUUUAUGUCAAGCACAGAGAACGUCUCACUAUUAUACCUCAUACGACAACACAGUUUGUACUGACUGGUGAUUUCAAUUGAGUUUCCAACAAAAUGUAGUAAUUUCCACGUUUUAAAUAGAAAAUUAUUUUUAACCUUUCUGGGAAUGAUAAAUAUGUAAUUAACUAAACCAUCAGAGUGGUUAGAUACCUGAUUUUGUCUUCGGUUCCUCACCCUGCAUUUCAUUAACUGUUCACCAGUUAGUUUUCUAAUUAUUCGCAGGUCAUUCGAUGUAAUUAGCAAUUAAUUCCUAAUGAUUUUUCCCAAAUAGAAUCUUCAGUGACGACUCUUGUAAAGGAUUUUGCCUUGAGGUAAUGUAAUUUAACGACCACAUUGAGUGUGGUUGGUUCAUAGCCUUUUUCUAGACAAAGGCCUAUACCACUCGCAAUGCUCUCCAUGCAACGAUCCACAGGAUCUACAGUAUGUGGGUGUCACUUGUUGUAGAUCGUUUAAAAGAAGCUUUACAGUGCGCAACUGAAUUGUAUCCCUCGAUGUAGCGCAUGUGACGUCAUCUGAGAAUCAAGCCGCAUAUCCUGGGAGAAUGUGUUCCAUGGUGACCGGUUGCUAUAGAAAUGCUCGUUUUUGAUUAAGUUGGUCGACGAGACACCGUUUAACCGGCAUAGGGGCGCGCGCGAGAGAGUGGGCUAUCCACUGGCCGACUACGUGGCAUGUCUGCGAGGACCGUCUCGCGCUGCACGGUGUUUUCCAUGGAAAAGCUUCUCUUUCUCUGCGGUGCGAGCGGGGAGCCAGCCACUGUGGUAAAUGUUGAGAACCCUAACAAUAUGUUACCGAAAUCCAGAAGAGCUCUCACUAUUCAAGAGAUUGCAGCACUUGCUAGAUCUUCACUUCAUGGCAUCUCUCAGGUGGUUAAGGACCAUGUGACAAAACCCACAGCAAUGGCCCAGGGACGAGUGGCACACCUCAUUGAGUGGAAGGGUUGGUGUAAGCCCACAGACACACCCGGUGCCCUGGAGUCUGACUUCAACUCCUACUCUGACCUCUCGGAGGGUGAGCAGGAGGCACGCUUCGCCGCAGGUGUUGCUGAACAGUUUGCAAUUGCAGAGGCUAAACUUCGUGCCUGGUCUUCAGUAGAUGGCGAUGAGUCUAAUGAUGAUUCAUACGAUGAAGACUUCCUUCCUGUCAAUGAACCUACCACCCAGAGUACAGAUCUUUCGUCGUACCCUCAUUAUCUGCGGGACCUGUUACACACACAGGUGUGUCAGGCUCACUUGCAGAGUCGAGGUUUGUAUGAGGUUGAAAGCGGCGUAGGUGUUGAUCUUUCCCCUCCCGUGGGGUCACCAGGGUCACCAGGGUCACCGUCAGACACACUCUGUUCAAGCAUGUGCAGCUUAGAUGAGAGACACCCACUGCUUCGUGACCUCAGUCACCGUGGCGACACCCCAGCAGCUGACCUUGCUGCCAAGAUACUGAGGGUGCUGCAUGGUGGGGAGGAGGUACUCCUGGCCCGCCUCCAGAGGGCGGGACACAGGCCGGGCCACUCGCCAUGUUGCCUGGCAACAUACUCUGAGACAUUUGAAGAAGAGGACACACCCUGUAAAGACUGUGGGGGUGGAGUCUGCUGCCAACCAGAAUAUUCCACAAGGAGGAAGGUGUCAGACGUCGCAUCUUCUGGUGUAGUUUCACUGGAUGAGGAAGAUGAAGAUGAAGGUGCUGAAGAGGUAGAGGAAGAGGAGAGAGAGCCAUAACUGUGCAUUAUUUGCUUUCCUUUGAUCCUCCUCAAGUACCUGAGUUCUCCUUCCUGGUUGGGAAUGACUCGGCAUGUUUCUUUUGGACUCCUCCGUUUUCAUUUAAAUAAGGCUUCCCAGCCACUGGUCUAAUUUGAAAUUUUUUAUUAUAUUUUAUUUUAUUCACAGCGUCUCAACAAUCUUUCCUACCAUGCAGUGGAAGGAGAUUUCAAACCUGAACAGACAAAACAACAAAAAGCAAAGAUUAGGUUUAAAACUAACACCUAAAAAAACCCAGACUCCAGUCAUUUAAUGCGGAGGAAUCAAAGACUGAAAGCAAAUGAACUGAAACAUUUCUUGCAUGUGUUUCAAACCUGAUCUUUUAAACAUUCAGUUCUGACCACUUGGUCUUUAGCACGGUUUGUGAAUUUGGCUUUCUUGUUUAGCCCAACCCAGAUCUUUGGCCCCACUGCAUUCUGGGUCCUGGUAAAACCCAACCCCUUCCCCCUUAUGAGACACAGUUGCAUCUUUUGGGCAUGGCUGCUUGCUAAGCAAACUUUAAAUAUCUGCCAAACUAUUUUAGCCUGUCACAGUCUGCUCCAAGAAAAUGCUGGAAUGUUGAAUGUUUGUACAAUGAUGGGAAUAUGUAUUUCAAAACAAAGCAUAUCAAUACAAGAUCAAUUUAGAUUUUAUAAAACAAAUUUUUACUUGUAUAAUAAUAAUUAAAUAUUAUUAAAUAAACAAUAAUAAUUAUUAU